UUUAAUUUGAAUAUGAAUUUUGGCUACAAAAGAGACAUCAUGUACUCAUUUGAGAAAUCAGUCAUCUUCUGCAAACCUAUCUACACAGAGAUCAUUGAUGAUGAAUGGAGGAAGGAGACACUUCAAGAUCUUGAUCUAGUAAUUGGAUCAGCAGCUAUUAACACUGAUAUGAGUAAAAAUUAUGAAAGAGAUCUUUCUCAGAGACUUCCGACCACAGAGGCUAAAGAGUGGAAUGAUCUUAGCCUUGAAGAGUUAAUAACUAAAUUCACAGAUGUACAAGAAGAAAACAAGGAGUAAAAAUGAGAAAAUU